AAUGAUUAAGUUCUAGCCCAUUCGGGGCUGCUUGACGGCUAUCUGUGCAUGCGAUUGAUUUGUUGAAUGCGUGCUACGAUUGUCGUGCUCGCUGCGUGCUUGGUGCUGGCGUCUGCCCAGACGCUCCAGUUGCCCGAUUUCUCACAAAAUGAGCGCAUUUCCACCGAGCUCGAUGCCAAUCAGCAAUCCAUCUUCAUGGAAGAACACACAAUUCCGACCAACUUUGACGGCACCGAUUCGCCCAUGACUCUUGUUCGCGCUGUCGGUCCCGACAAUGGCCUCAAAGCCCUGAUUCAAUCCAAGGACAAGCUGACCAUGCUCUCGGCGACCCAAGGCUGCCAGGUGCUCGAGUCGACCGAGGACCAGCCUGUGGCGUUCAUUCCAGACGCCGCAGCCUUUGCCGACUACACCGGCCCCAAGCGUCAGUUCUUCUUUGGCUACCGCGAUCUCGUGAACAACCACGACUUGAGCUCUGCCGAGUUCAAUGAAACCCGAAUCUUCCGCGGCAUCUCGUGCAACGUCUUCACGGUCGCCAACAUCCAGAAGGCGGGCGUUGCCUACGACGCAACCAUCUACGCUCCGGACAGCGACUGGACUUGGUUUAACAGCGACAACUCGGACAAGUGGCUUGCUGCGGUCGAGCUGAACGGCAUUCUGUGCGCGAGCCGAAACGAGACGUGCGACUUUGACAGCGCCAAUGCCACCGCCGACUCGACCACGUUCACGCAGUGGUACAACUUUUUCUUCCCGCUCACUGACACUGGGGUCACCAACCCGUCGCUCGACCUUGGUCUGCUUGCCUUCUGCCCGCUGGACUCUUCGAGCGACAGCUCGUCGGUUGCCGCACCCGUCUUCCCCGAGACCGCCAACGCCCAGGUGCUUGUCACCAAGGUCGGCUCCACCGAGUCUGUUUUGACCUGGGAGGCGUGGAAGUUUGUCACCGAGACGACCGAGACAUCGAGCUUCAACCUGACCGAGAACGGCUGGAUUGUCAAGACCAACGCUGGCUUUGCCGACCAGUCCAUCUUUGCCGUGGCCUUCUCGCGCAACCUGACCUUCACCAUUGACCCUUCGUACGGCUGCAACGAGACCGACUCGUCCGACACGUCGAUUGAGCUGGUGAACGAGAAGACGGACAACGUGUUUGGCCUGCCCGAGGCGCUCACCAGCUCCAACUAUGCCAAGCGUCUGCUCAGCUCGUCCCCGCUCACCAUCCACGGUCUGAUUGAUCUGUACCUGAUUGGCAACCAGCUCAACCUCACGUACAAUGGCCAGCGCCUCGUUCGCGACAUUGCCUGCAACUCGUGGUUUGCCUCGUUUGAUGUUCCCGUGGUUGAGACUGCAUCGCCGCCCUCUAACGACACCGAGCCCUCGUCGGCAGUUGUCCAGCCUUCUGCUUCUGCGGAGCCAGAGCAACCAAUCGCUACUCCCACGAUCAAGGCUCGUCAGUACUUGCUCAUCAUGGACUUUGCCAUCGCCGAUUGGACCUUUACAUCCAGCAAUGUGGCUGUUGACUCGCCGCCCGUGCGCUUCCAGCUGCUCGAGAUGAGCACGGACAGCAGCGGCGAUUCGUCCUCGACUGGCGCCUUCAACUGGAACUCGGAUGAAAUCAAUGAUGCCACCACGUCGGGUCUGAUCGUCAACAACUGGAUCUUCGACAUCUUCUCGAUCAGCGGCGACGUUGUUGGCUCCGAAUUGGCCCUGCCAGAGUUUGCCAAAUGCAAGGCCGUUCUUUCGUCUUCAUCAGCCUCCUCGAACACGACCGUGUACCCCGAGCUGGCGCCCUCGUUCAUCUCGUUCAUUUCCAUGAUUGACACUGUGACCCCCGCCGCCUCGUUGAUUCAGACGUGGUAUGACGAUGAUUCGGACGCUCUUCGCUUUUCGUUCUACGACAACCUCGAGCUCAGUGUCGCCAAGAUCAUCUGGGGCACAUCAAACCAGCUCAACACGCUCGAGCCCAGCCAGGGCAACUCGGCCGAUGUGUGCAACUCGGAGGACUUGCCCGCGUCUCUCAACCCUUUCCUCACGCCUGACCAGGUGGCCAACCAAACAAGCACUGUCGAGUUCUCGGCGGGCAACGACCUCACUCCUGACGAAAUGCUCCAGGAAUUGGUGCUGCCCUUCGGCCGUCUUGACCUCGUCAACGCAUCGCUUGUCGGCGAGCGCACCCUGUUUGGCCGAACCUCUCAGUACUGGCUCGGGUAUGAUGAAGCAUCGAAUCUUUGGUUUGGAUUCUACUUCUUGCAGUCCAACACUGGCGACGACGCGCCCGUCUACGUUCCCGUUCGCCUGGAGGUUUCCCAGCUUGCACUCUGCGACUCUGGUGCUGGCGGCGGCUUGUGCUCUGACAACGGCAUCCUUCCCACCUCGGACAAGCGCUCAUACACUGUGCACCGCUACUACGACUUUUUCGGCCUCUCAACGACAGCCCUCAUUCCCAACGCCGUGUUCCGUCCACUGGAGUGUGGUGGCAGCAACGCUUCGUCGGCCAUCGUCAGUGCUUCCGCAUCUGUUGCCCCCGCCAGCUCUUCUGCUGUUGUCGAGCCCAGCGGAUCGCCAGUUGAAUCUGAACCUGUGGACGAGCCGCCGAUUGACGCGCGUCGUCGUGACGUUAUGAACAAUCUCGUUGCUCAAGCAAGCCGCACCUCUGGCCGCCCGAGCCAUGGAUUUGGCAUGGGCGCCGUCGCUGGAAUCGCAGUCUCGACCCUCCUUGUCGGCACGGUCAUUGGUGGUGCGAUUGUCCUGACUUAUCGUCGCCGCCGUGAAACGUACUCUCCGAUGUAUGCGGUGUCACUCUCGUAAUUUCUGAUGCAGUGCAGUGCCGUUCUCUUUGUCCUUUGCCAUCUCGUUCUUUGGCAGCAGGGGAUUUGUGUAAAUGGGAGUAGCGUUUCGUGACCGCGCAGUUCCUUUCCGCGCUCUGUCGCUUGCUGAUGCGUGCUCUGUUGUAAAGUAAAAUCAAAACAUUUCCCGUGACUUGCAGUCCUU